GAAGCAUCGGAGAUCAAAGAAUGAACAUCGUUGGAUUAAGCAAACGUUUCUUCUCCGAUCGUCGUUCUCUUCACGGAAUCAACAAUGCUCUCGUGAAAACUGUGUUCUCCGGUCGAAAACCGAUCUUCGGAUUCUCCGGCCGAUCGUUUCACGAGCUGCGCAAAACUGGGAAUUUCGUAGUCCCUCGUGUCUUCUCCUUGUCGCGAAAUAUAUCGACGAAUGCUUCGUCUUCAUCGAAACAACCUGCGUUUCUACGAUGGUAUUUGAAAAAGCUCGAAUCACAUCCUUUCAUGACUAAGAGUAUCACUACUUCUCUCAUUUAUAUGGCCGCAGAUCUCACUUCUCAGAUGAUCACGAUGCAGCCAACGGGUUCUUUUGACCUGAUAAGAACAGCCAGAAUGGCUAGCUUUGGGUUGAUAUUUCUCGGGCCGUCACAGCAUUUGUGGUUCAGUUACCUUUCAAAGAUAUUGCCAAAGCGUGAUGUGUUGACAACCUUUAAGAAAAUAAUGAUGGGGCAGGUUCUUUUUGGACCUGUUAGCAACACGGUCUUCUAUUCCUACAAUGCUGCUUUACAAGGUGAAAAUUCUGAAGAAAUUUUGGCGAGAUUGAAGCGAGAUCUUCUGCCAACAUUGAAAAAUGGACUUAUGUAUUGGCCGGUCUGUGAUUUCGUUACAUUCAAGUAUGUGCCAGUUCAUCUACAGCCGCUGAUGAAUAGCUCGUGCGCAUAUAUAUGGACGAUUUAUUUGACAUAUAUGGCAAACCAGACGAAAGCUGACAGCUGAACAAUGACAAGGAUGAAUGUUCUUGGUCACACGCAAUCGCAUUCUCUUUAUUCAAUUGAACCAACCAUUAGUACUAGUAGAAUUUUUUUAGGUGUCUACAAUGCAGCAAAAGUUUCGCAUUGACAUGGACACAAACAUGUAUGAAUUCUGAUCAUCCAAGCAUAUAUUUAUCAGGAAUUCUCAAAGUUCCAUCACGUUUUACUGCGAAAACUUGCUUCACCAUCUUCUUUUUCUCUCCAUCCUUAGGAGUAUAAAAAGCAAAACUACUU